UCUCUAGGGGCCGCGUCUGGAGCCUCGGCGGCGGCAGCGCAGCUCACUGCCCGAGGAGAGCGGCCGGCUCGGCAGCAGCGGCGGCCAGCGAGACCCAGCCGAGGCGCGUCCCCGUCGGCCUCCCCGCGCCCCUUCCGCUCGCUCGCUCGCCCUCCUUCCCUGCGGCCGGUGCCCAUGGCGUUGGCGUUGGCGGCGCUGGCGGCGGUCGAGCCGGCCUGCGGCAGCCGGUACCAGCAGUUGCAGAAUGAAGAAGAGCCUGGAGAGCCGGAGCAGGCUGCAGGGGACGCUCCGCCGCCUUAUAGCAGCAUCUCUGCCGAGAGCGCCGUGUAUUUUGACUACAAAGACGAGUCUGGGUUUCCAAAGCCCCCAUCUUACAACGUGGCUACCACACUGCCCAGUUACGACGAAGCCGAGAGAACCAAAGCCGAAGCUACUAUCCCUUUGGUUCCUGGAAGAGAUGAAGAUUUUGUGGGUCGGGAUGAUUUCGAUGAUGCUGACCAGAUGAGGAUAGGAAACGACGGGGUUUUCAUGUUGACUUUUUUCAUGGCAUUCCUCUUUAACUGGAUUGGAUUUUUCCUGUCUUUUUGCCUGACCACCUCAGCGGCGGGAAGAUACGGGGCCAUUUCAGGAUUUGGUCUCUCUCUAAUUAAGUGGAUCCUGAUUGUCAGAUUUUCCACCUAUUUCCCUGGAUAUUUUGAUGGUCAGUACUGGCUCUGGUGGGUGUUCCUGGUUUUAGGAUUUCUCCUGUUUCUCAGAGGAUUUAUCAAUUAUGCGAAGGUUCGGAAGAUGCCAGAAACGUUCUCCAAUCUCCCCAGGACCAGAGUUCUCUUUAUUUAUUGAAGAUGUUUUCUGGCAAAGGCCUUCCUGCGUUUAUGAAUUCUCUCUCAAGAAGCAAGAGGACACCUGCAGGAAGUGAAUCAAGAUUGGAACACAGAGGAAUAAUCACCUGCUUUAAAAAAAUAAAGUACUGUUGACAAAGAUCAUUUCUCUCUCUUCGUUCCUAGGUGUACAAUUUUAAUAGUUAACGCAAAAUUCUGUAAUCAUUGAAUCAUUAGUGGUUAAUGUUGGAAAAAGCUCUCGCAAUCAAGUCUGUGAUGUAUUAAUGAUGCCUUAUCUAGUAUUGUCUGUAGUCCUUUUAAAUAGCAUGAGCCUUGUCCCUGUAGUCAGUAGGGGGCAGUCUUGCUUUAUUCAUCCUCCAUCUCAAAAUGAAUUUGGAGUUAAAUAUUCUAGUGUAAGAUAUGUAUAAUGCUGGCCAUUUUAAAGGGGGUUUUCUCAGAAGUUAAAACGUUGGUUAUGACUGCAUUUCUGCGCAUAAUCCAUUUUGCUGUUAAAAUUAGAAGUUUAUUUAAUUGUACCGUGAACACCUGGAAGCAAAAUCAUCGUGCAAAAUACAUUUAAGGUGUGAUCCAGAAUAUGUUCCUAAUUGGUAAAUAAUAAGCAUUACUUUUUUAGAGUGGGCAUUCUCAUUUUGCAGUUCCUUAUGCUGUGUUGUGUACCUGAGGGAUCGUCAAGGCGUUGACACCGUAUCAAGUAGGAAGGACAAGGACACGUGCGGUCGAGUAACUGAAAUGCAGUUCUUGACCCUCCGGGAAGGUCAGAGCCCCCACCCCUCUUUUCUCUUUCUUUCGUCUCCCCGAUGCUUAGGCCAGGGGCUGGGGGUAGGCAGGGGAUGAGGCCGCAGAAGCAAGGAAAGAGUUGGCUUGGAACUUUUGAGAUGAUCCCUAACAUCCUGUACUCCCGGCUUUUGCAGCGUGUUUCAUGUAGAGUGCUGUGCUUUGGGCCAAGUGCUAAUUCACCUUGGUUUGCUGUGUCAAAGCUGUAAAUACAACAGAACAUUAAUAAACGUCUCUUGUGUAGCAA